AUGGCGAGCGGCGGCGCGGCGGCUACGCCGGCGAAGGUUACCCCAAAGAAGGCCAAUCUCCUCGACCCGUACUCCAUCAAGCACCUUCUCGACGAGACCAUCUCCGAUGUCGUGAAGAGCAAGGGCUACACCGAGGACACGCGGCUGGGCAACUGGAAGCUGGGGAUCGGGGCCGCCGUGAUCGCUGUCGCCCUCCUCGCGCAGUUUUACCCCAAGAAGUUCCCGCAGAACCGCGAAUUCCUCCUCGGCUGCAUCGCACUAUAUCCUUUUCUUCACUGGGUUUGCCCUAUCUUUUGCUACACCAAGGAGAAGGAUGCCAUCCUCUUCACGCACCCACCUGCGGGUUCUUUCAACAGCACUGGCCUCACUAUUUCUUCGAAAUUACCAAGAUUCUCGGACAUGUACACUCUCACAAUAGCAAGUGCUGAUCCACAGUCUAUCUCUGCAAACAAGCCAGUCCAUUUCACUAAGAGCGUGACAAAGUGGUUUACAAAGGAAGGAGUUCUUGUGGAAGGCCUGUUCUGGAAGGAUGUUGAGAAGCUGAUUGAUGACUAUAACAGUGAGCGCAAGAGUAAAUGA